AUGGGGGCCCCCCCCAUGGGGGCCCCCCCUAUGGGGGCCCCCCUGGGGGGCCCCGCCCCCAUGGGGGCCCCCUCUGAGCUGGUGGGGGCCCCCCAGGGGGGGGGCCCCCUCAGAAGAGAAGGAGGGGUAGAGGGUACGCCUGGAGGGGGGGCCCUCGGUAUGGGGGGCCCCCUGGGUACAGGGGGAGCUCAUGGGGGCCCCAUUGGCGGGGGCCCCCUUGCGGGGGGCCCCCCAGGGGGGGCCCCCCUUGGGGGCCCCCUUGGGGGCCCCCCAGGGGGGCCCCCCCUGGUGAUGCCUGCUGAGAGGCCCCCUGCUUUGUUUCAGAUUUAUAUUGAGUUGGUUUGCUUGUGUUUAAGUCCUUUGGUGUGUUUGUUGACUGCGUGGGUGUCUUGGCGUUUAUAUAAAGCUCAGCUGCCGCUGCUGCUGCUGGAGGGGGAUUAUAUAUUUCAUUCGUUUGCUGCAGCAGAAGACACACCGCUGCUGCAGCAGCAGCAGCAGCAGCAGCAGCAGCAAUAA